AUGAAUAGCCCAACUCGAUCACUUUUUUCCCCAACGGCAUCUCGCACAACAGGUAUUAUUCCAGAAACAAGUGUCAUUAGUCCACGAUCAAUUUCAAGUCGUAGUGAAUUGGAAAUUAGUAUAUAUACACUUCAAAAUGAACAAGAACGUGUUCAAAAGAAAACUUUUACAAAAUGGGUUAAUAUUUAUUUAUCAUUACAUGAACCACCUUAUUUUAUUAGUGAUCUAUUCGAAGAUCUUAAAGAUGGAACAAAACUUAUUGCAUUAUUAGAAGUACUUUCUGGACAAACAUUACCUAUGGAACGAGGUAAUAAACGAGCUCAUUAUAUUAGUAAUGUUAGUAAUGCAUUGAAAUUUCUCGGAAGUCGAAAAAUAAAACUAGUCAAUAUAGGUCCAAUGGAUAUUGUCGAUGGAAAGCCAACUAUUGUUUUGGGAUUAAUUUGGAUGUUAAUUCUAUGUUAUCAGAUUGAAGAUUCAAAUAUGUUCGAUGGAGAUUCAAAAGAUAAUCGUAGUAAAGCCAAAGAAGCUUUACUUGAAUGGGUUCGAAAAAAGACAAGAGGCAAAAUCGAUGGAUUGGAUGUACGAGAUUUUACGUCGAGUUGGCGUGAUGGUCUUGCUUUUAAUGCAUUAAUUUAUUCAAUUCGACCUGAGUUAAUUGAUCUACAUCGUGUUUCAAGAAUGGAAGUUCGUGAACGAUUAGACAAUGCAUUCAAUGUUGCUGAACAACACCUUGGUGUACCACGUUUAAUUGAUGCUGAAGAUGUUGAUGUAACCAAACCAGACGAAAAAUCGAUUAUGACUUAUAUAGCUCAAUUCUCUCGUCGAUUCCCUGAUUUGGAAUACGUUAAACAAGUUAAAGAAUUUGUUGAAAAGCAAAAGCAAUGGAAAGCAUUCGAACGCAAAGAGUCCAAAUCUCCACAUUUUCCCGGUGAAAAAUUAAAAGAAUUAAAAGAUCAAUUUGACGACAUAACUCACAGAAUGAAUCGAUGGCGACACAAAUUAGAUACAAAUCUUCCAGGGGAUCUUCGUCAAAUUGCUGAAUGGAUCUAUAGAGCAGAAGAUGUUUUAGCACGAGGAAUUAAUUUUGAUUCAUCUAAUACAGCACCUGAAGAAAAUCUUCAACGUUUUAAACAACUCAAUGAAGAACAUACAGCUAUUUUUACGGAUAAAGAAGUAGUUUCAACAAAAUUUCAACGUUUAAAACGUGAUCCAUCUAUAGUUAAUCAACAAGUAUCAAUAGAACAUUUAACAAAUUUAGAUGAACGUCUUAAUAUAAUUAUGAAUAGUAGUGAUGAACGUGGACAUUAUUUAGAUUUCGAACAAAUACAUUGGAAAGUACAAAUAUAUUUUGCUCAAUUAGAACAUUUAAUGGAAAUUUUAAAUAAAAAACAAGGAAAUCUUCAUCAAACAGAACAAUUAUUUAAUGAAUAUAAAAGAAAAAUUCAUGAUGAAAAAAUGAUUGUAACUAUUGAAAAUCUUUUACCGGAAUUAACACGUAAAGCACAAAGUUAUAGUCAAUUACGAAAGAAAGAUGAUCAAACAUCGAAAGGUUUUAAUGCAUAUUGUGAAUAUGUUCGUAAAACAUUGAAAAGUGCAGCUCUUGAUCUUAACACAAAAGAACAUAUGUUACAAGAAACAAUAGAUAAUUGGAAAAUUUAUCUUAGUUCUUAUGAUCAAUUCGAAAGAUGGUUAACUGAAGGUGAUCAAGUGCUUCUACGUUCAUCAGAAGAAAAAUUUAAUUAUUUUGCAAAUAUAAAUCAUUGGACUGAAAUACAUGAAAACUUAUGUAUAUCAAUCGAAAGUUUAAUAUCUGUAUGUGAUGAUGAAAAUUCUGCAGCUUUGCAGAAGAAAUUGUUAUUUAUUAAUCGACGAUGGAAAGAAAUAUUUGAUCGAGUUCAACAAUUUGAACACGGUGAAUCAAUUAAGAAAAAACGUGAUGAAUUUUAUGCUGGUCGUUCGAAUAUAUUAGAUACAUUAGAUAAAAUUGAUGCCGAAAUACAAGCGUAUUUACCAUGUACAAUAAAAGCACUUAAAGAUCAAGAAAAUCGUCUUUAUAAAGCACAAUCAGGAAUUGAUAUGCUCAAUGAAAAUAUUCAAGCUCUUUCGAAAUUAAGUCAAAUAAUAGCACGUGAAAGUGGUGAAAUAUUUGCAACAAGUGAUAUGAAUUCGAUUUUACAAACAUGUUUUGAUAAAUUACGUCGAGUACAAGAAUCUUUACCGUCAACAUUAAAACGAAAUAAAAUUAUGCUUGGACAUUUACAAAAAUUUGAAGAUGGUCUACAAAAAUGUCAACAAUGGUUUAAUGAAGCUAAACAAUUAUUUAGUCGAUAUUCAAUUCAAGUACCAGUGAAACGUAUUGAAGAUUUUCUUGAACAACAUAGAAAUUUUUUUGCUGAAAUUGGUUACUAUCAAUCAUUACUUGAAAGCAAAGCAAAAUUAAUUCAAACCAUGAAAAAAUCUAAUGAAAAUUUAAUUCCAUUAGAUUUUUCUCCAGUCGAUGAACAAUAUCGACAAUUAAUUGAUACAUUUGAUCAAAUAAAUCAACAAGUAUCUUAUUGGGAAAAAGAAUUUAAUCAACAUUCUCAAUUAUGGAAAGAUUUUCAUCAACGUUUAAAACAUCUAGAAGAAUGGAUAGAUCAAGCACAAAAUAUUGCUAAAGAAAAACAUGAUGAUUAUGUCUAUCUUAUACGUAAACAUAAAGAGUUUUUUCAAACACUUGAUGAUGAAAUUUUACAUGGUUUUAUUAAAUCUGGUCGUGAAUUAUUACAUAUAAGAGAUAAAACAGAACAAAAAGAAAUACAAUUUUUAAUGGAUACACUUGAAUCAAAAUGGAAAACAAUCAUAUGUUAUGCUCCAAUACGUUUAUUACGUUUACAAUUUGAACGUAUUGAACAUAUUAUUGUACAAGAAUUAGAACAAGCUGAAAAUGAACUUAAUGAUGAACUUAAACAAUUAGAACGUCAACAUGAUACAACAGAAAUUUUAAGACGUCAUAAUGAACGUUUUCAAUUAAAUAAUUUUUGUCCAACAAUGGAAAUACAUAUGAAAGAUUUACAUACAUAUGCAAAUGAUAUUCGUAUUAAAGAACAAGAACAAACAUUAGUUACUCAUGAUAAUGAACAAAUUGAUCAACGUACAAUUAAAUUAAAUAAUUAUUGGACACAUAUGCAAACUAAAAUUGAUAAUGUUAGAAGAAAACUUCAAACUGUACCCAAAAAAUGGCAAGAAUUUGAAGAAAAAUUUCAUCAUGUUGAAACUUGGAUGAAUACUAUUGAACGAUCAAUGACUAAUACACAAAAUACUGAAAUACCCUUGGAACAAUAUAAAUCACUUGUUAAUAAAUUUAAGAAUGAUUUUCAACAAAUCGAUACUAUAUCUGAUUAUACAAAAUCUUUACCAUUAAUCUUAAAUGAUCUAAUCGAAGAACAAGCUACUGAUGAACCAACACGUUAUCGUCAACGACUUGAUUUACUUUUAUCACGUUAUAAACAAUUAUGUAUUUCUAUUGAAGAAACAUCUCAAUAUUGUUCAGUUAUAAUUCCAGCUAAAAUGAUACAUGAAAAUAGUUUACAAUUAAAUGGAUCAUUAAUAAAUAUAUCGAAUGUAUCAAUUAAUUUUCGUGAUGUAUCUGAUGUUCGAAUUACAUUACAAGAGCAAACACAAAUUUAUAAUAAUUUAAAAAAUUUUUCACAACAAGUUAAUGAACUUGUUACACGUGGAAAUGAACUUAUGAAAUUACCCAUGGUACCAAAAUAUGUUCAACAAGAUGUACAAAAUAUACAAAAAAUUUAUAGUGAUAAAAUUCAAUCAGCACAAGAUUUAUUAGAAAAACUUCAACGUUUACUUGAACUUUGGGAACGUUUUGAUGCGAAUAAACGUCGUUACCAACAACAAACUGAACGAUUAAAUAAUGAACUUUCACAAUUAAAUACUAAUCGAAAUUCGAUUACUUCAUUUCAACAUGAAAUUGAUAAUUGCAAACAUCUUCGAAAUUCUUAUGCUGAUUUAAAACCAUUACUUGACGAAACAGGACAAGUUUUACAAACAAUAUCAUCAAAUAAUUUAUUACCUUACGGAAAUUUACAAACACUUAAAACUGAUCAUGAUAAUAUGCAAGAAGAUUUAUUUGAAAAAUUACGAAUAACUGAAGAAAUUUUACAAGAUUUAAUAUCUGAUAAUGAUAAAUGGGUACAAUUUAACGAUGAACUUAAACGUUUAGAAGCAUUAUUUAAAGAUAUUACUUCAAUGUUUGAUACAAAAAUGGUUGGGGAAAGAUCAUUAGAAGAAAAACAACAAAUGUUGGAGCGUAUUCGUAUUGAACUUUCUGGACAUUUACAAUCAUUAUCAGUCUUACAUUCUGAUGGUUCAAAUCUUGAAUCACUUCGUUCUCGGCCAAAAGAUUUACGAAAUGUCUUAAAUCGUCUAAAUCAAUUACGUGCAUUAGCUGAAACAACAUCUAAUAAAGUAAAUCGAGAAGAAGAACAAGUAGCACAAUCUCGAACACAUGUACAAACAUCACAACGUUAUAUUCAACAAUUACAACCAUGGAUUGAACAAACAGAAUAUUAUCUUAAUAAACGUUUUAAUCAAACUGGUGCUUUGAAUACGAAUGAUGCUAAACAAUUACUUGAUAAACAUAAAGAACUUCUUGAAGAACGUCGUCGUAUGUUAACCAUAUACAAUAAUUUACAGGAUGAAGAACAUAAUGUAGUUGAUCAAUAUGAAUUAAAAUCAUUAAUAAAAUCCUUAUCAACACGUUGGAUGGAUAUAGAACAAAAAUCUGAUGAAUUAGCAUCGAUUUAUAAUACACAACAUCGUGCAUGGACAACAUUUGAGUCUGAGUUAAAUUCUUUUCGUGAUGAAAUUUUAUUUGAAUUUGAACAACGAGCUCAUAAUAUAAGUUCAACAGAUAUUAAUAAAUUAUUUGAUCUUAAUCGAAUUAAUACAUUACUUAAUGAACUGCGAUUACUUAAUGAAAAUAUUAAUACUCAUACAUCAAAUUAUAAUCGUUUACAAAAACAAUUCAAUGAUUUAAGACAAUACAGUUCAUCGGAAGGUCAACGAGUACUUAGUGAAGAACAAUUAUCAAUUGAAAAAAGAUGGAAUCAACUUAAUCAACUUAUUACUGAUAGAUCUAAUAUAUUUUUUUCUUUUUAUUUAAUCAAUAGAAUCAUUGUUCUACUCGGUCAAUGUAAUAGUCAGUUAGAACGAACUCAACAAGCUGUUAAUUUCAAUCAACAAUGGGAAAUUUUAAUAUCAAUAAUUCAUACAUCAUUUGAAACUUAUCAACAACAAUUAAUCGAAAUUCGUCAAGAACAAAAAUCAUUAAUUCAUCUUAAUACAAUUCAAAAUAUUCAACAGAGUCGAAUACAAUGUGAACAAAAUAUGAAACAAUUAGAAACACUUGCUACUACUGGAUUUAUUCAUUCAACUAAAAAGGAAUCUAUUCGAACACAAAUACGAACAUUAAAACUUCAAUUAAAUGAACUUAAUGAAUUAUUUUCAAAUAUUCAACAAGAUUUACGUACACGUUCACAAGCAUGUGAACUUGUUCAAACAUGUAUCGAUGAAAUAAAUCUAUUUCUUGAUUCAUUACAAAUACAAUCAAAUGAUAAUCAAAUACUUUCAUUAACUUGGAUUCAAAAUCUACGUAAUCAAUUAGAUCAAUUUGAUAUUAAGUCAAAACGUUUACGCACGGUUGAUUCAUUUUUAAGUCAUUGUACAACUGAAUUAAUGCGCUCAUUUGAAUCAAUGACAAACCGAUUUCAAGUAACACGAAAAGAACUUGAAACAAUUAUCAAUGAAAAUGAAUUAUUCUAUGGACGUCAACAAGAACUUGAUGUUUAUUUAGUCGAAUUAGAUCGACAUUUAAAUUAUUUAACAACAAAUUAUGAAACAUUUGAAAGUAUACAAAAAGAUAAUCGAAGAGAAUUAGACAUUAAACUUGAUAAACAUCAAUUAUUAUUUCAAUCAAUCAAAGAAUUUGAUAAACAAUUUGCCAAUAUUCGUAGUAAAAUAUAUGAAGCUGGUUUAAAAAGUUCAUUAGAAGAAUCAGUACAAAAACGUUUAAAGCAUCUCGAACAAAAUUCAUCUUUAUUACAAGAAAAAGCUAUGCAAACAUUUACAUUUAUAACAACAAUUAAAUUUGAAUGUGAACAAUUAGUAACAGAUAUUAAACAAAUGAAUGAUUGGUUAAAACUAACUGAUCAACAAUUAAAUAAAUAUUUAAUUAUUAAUCUUAGUACAGCAGAAGAGAAAAAUGAUGCUGCAAAACGAAUGCUUGAAAAAUUGGAUGAUUUUGCUAUUCAAGAAGCUCAUCGUGAACAAAUGAAACAACGAUCUGAUAGUCUAUUUAAAACACUUGACGAUGCUCCACUUCAAGCUAGUCUUGACGAUCUUGAUCAAACAUUUUCAACACUUAAACAACAAAUUCAACAUCGUUAUGAAACAUUAAAUCGUGCUGGACAUCAUCAUGCUGAUUAUGAUCUUCGUUUACAUAGUCUUUUCGAAACAUUAUCAACACUUCAAACAACAUUUCAUCAUAUUCGACAACAAGAAAAUCAUAGUGAUGUUUUAUUUCAACUUAAAAAUUUUAAAAUGGAACGAGAUGAUUUCGAAGAAGAAAUUCGUCGUAUAUCCUAUAGUAAUGAACAAAUCGUAUCUGAAACUUCCAUUGAAGGUAGUGAACAUCUUAAAUUAAAAUUAAAACAACUUCAAACAAAAUGGAGAACUUUGAAUAACGAUAUUCAAUCAUUUGAAGAAAAAUUAGCUCAACAAGAUGAAGAACAACGUUUAGUUUUAAAUGAACAAGCAACAAUUGAACAAACAUUAAAUAAUAUUCAACAACAAUUACAAACAUUUGAUCAACAAUUUUUACAUGAUUAUACAACAUCUGAUUUAGUUCGACAACGUCUUCAACAUAUGACAAAUACAUUAACAAGUGUAGAAAAAUUUCAUUUACAUUUAUUAUCUCCAUCAUCAUCAACAGAUACAACUGUUAUUGAACGUGCACAACAUUUAUCAUCAUUUCAUGAACAAUUAAAAAUAACGACACAAAAAAAAAUUAAUGAAUUAAAUCAAAUUGAAAAAUAUUCUAAUGAAAUUAUAUCUUGUCAACAAACAUUACAAAAUUUAAUUGAUACAUGUUCAAUACGUUUACAAACAUUUCAUAAUGAAAAAUCAAAAAAUGAAAUUUAUAUUAAACGUAUCAUAACAGGAUUUGAAGAUCAUCGAAAUCGUUUAAAUGAUUUAAUUGUUAAAGCAAAAGAUCUCAAAACAAAAUUACAUGAUGAAUGUCUUUCAAAAGAAUUAGUUAAAAUAUUAAUAGAUAAAAUUGAUCAAAUGAUUAAUGAUGCUGAACGUUAUUCAAUAAAUUUAAUUCAAACUGAAAAUGAAUGUCAUCAUAUACAAGAAUUAAUUGAUGAACAAAGAGAAUCAAUACAAAAUAUUCAACAAUUAUUGAUAACAAUUGAACAAACAAUUGAUGGAUUUAUGUUAAAACAUUCAAUUGAAGAAAAAUUAUUACAGAAAGAAGAACUUAAACAUUUACAACAAGAAUGUCUCGAAUGUGGUAGUCGAUUAAUUCAAAUCAAUGUUCGUCUUAUUGAUAAUCAUAUUGAUGAUGAUCAAAUAGUAAUGAUAGCCAGUGAAACAAAGAGAAAAUGUGAUGAACUUGUUAAGAAUAUUCAACAUCUUCUUAUAUCUUGUGAUGAAAUUAUUAAUAAACAAACAACAUUUGAUGAAACAUAUAAUGAUGUUCGAAAAUCUAUUGAAAGUCUUCAUGAAAAAUAUCAAAGUAGUUUAGAAUUGGAUAGUGGUGUUGCAGAAUUAAGUGCACUUUUAUCUGAAUGUGAUUCAUUACGUGAUCGAUUAGAUUUUAUGGCAUCAUCUUAUAAUACAAUUGAUACACAAUUACGUACACGUCAUUCAUCAAUAACAACGACGACGACAACAACAUCACCAAAUACUAAUAGUUCAUUAUUAUUAUCACCAUCAGUACAUAAUCAUACAAUGAAAGCAAUGUUACAACAAACAAAAGAUGAAUUUAAUCAUCUUGUACAAACAUUACGUUCAUCAAAACAAACAAUUGAAUCUAAACAACAACGUUUACAAGCAUUAAAUAAACAAUUAAAUGAUAUUGAACAUGAAUAUGAAUUAAUACUUAUAACAACAAACUUACGUGAUAUUGAAGAAAUUAUUAAAGAUGAUCAAUAUGAAUAUAAAGAUGAAUGUCAAAGAAAAAGAUUAACUAUUCAAGAUAUUGAACCGAAACAAAAUCGUUUACAAACAAUUUCAAAUGAAGCUAAUGAAUUAAAUGAUUUGCAAUUAGCAAACAAUGCUAAACGUUUAAUUAGUCAGUUUGAUCAUUUAUGUCGAGAACUUUCAAUUCAUCUUGAUGAAAAUGAACGUCGUUAUCAAAUACUUCAAAAGUUUACUAACGAUUGUUCAUCAUUACAACAAUCUCUUCAAACUAUUCAAAAUCAACUUUCACCGAUUUUAGAUACGUAUGGUGAUAAAGAAAUACUUGAAGACAAAUUGAAAAAAUUAAUGGUUAGUUGUUCUAUUCAUGACUCUCUAUAUUUAACAACUAUUGUAUUUGUUAUUUUUCUUUCAAAGGACAUUAAAAAUACCUAUCGAGAAUUGACGUCUGCAUUACAAGACACCGAACAAAUGACAAGUCAAGUACUCACUCUAGUUGGCCAAAAUGGUAAACAAUCUAUACGUCGUGAAUGGGAACGUGUACAAUCUAAAUCACAUCAAAUAAAUACAACUAUUCUCAAGAUCGAACAACAAUUACAAAAUUGUAUUGCCGAUUGGUUAACAUAUAUAAAAGAAAGUGAACAAUUAACAAAUGAAGUUAAUGAUUUAGAAUCAUUAUUAAAAAUGAUAAAUACUCGAAUUCAAAAUGAUGGACAAACACCUGUUGAUACAUUACGAAAUAUGAAAAAUGACUUAGAUUUAAUUGAAAGUAAAUUAAAUAGUCUAAAUCGUUUUGCAAGUGAUUUAUCACAACGAACACAAGAAACUGAUCUAUUAGAACAUUUACAACAAUUACAAACAUUUAUACAACGAUUAAAAAUUUUAUUAAAAGAUCUUUUACGUAAAGCAACAGAUGGUCAAACAAAAUAUUCUUUAUAUUCUCAACAAAUAAAUACUUAUAAUGAAUUACUUAAUCAAUGUGAAUUAAUUCUAAAUAAAAUUAUUAAUGAUAUUGAUCUUUGGAAUAAUAAUAGUAAAUCUUUAUCUAUUGAAAUAAUUCAAACAACAUCAAAUGAUUUACAAUCAUUAAUUAAUAAUCAAUCAGUCGUUCAACGACAAGCAAAUUUAUUAAAUGAAGUAACGGAAUCUUUAUUAGAUUCAGUUGAAAAUGCAAAUUUUUUUCGUCAAACUUGUUUAAUGAUGCAAAAUCGACAGACAAAUAUAUUUCAACAAGCAAAUACAAUUGAAAAUCAAUUAGAUAAUUUAUCACAACGAAUCAAUGAUAUUAAACGAUUAAAAAAUAAAAUAACCGAGUCACAUAUAAAAAUUGAGCAAAAAUUAAAACAAAUUAAUGAUUUAGUAUCAACAACUAAUGCAGAUGAAAAACAAGAACGAUUAAUUCGUAUACAGACUGAAUUAGAAAUCUUAAAUGAAAACGAUAUUCAUCUUCGUGAAUUAGCCGAUAUGCUCGAUCAUUUACAACCGAAAAUAUCUGAAUUUAUAAGCGAUUAUGAACAAAUCAAAACUAAACAAGAACAAUUAUAUAAUGAAGCUCAAACACUUGAAAUUAAAUGUCGAUCUGAAUACAAUUCAUUAAAACAAUGGAUUGAAAUUCAACAAAAAAUAGAACAUAUUUUAACAAAAAUAUCUAAAGAUUUCGAACAAACAAUACAAUAUCAUACAUUACUUCAAUUAGAAGAAUUUUCGAAAAAUUUAACAUUAAAUUUAAAUAAUCAAGAACAUAUUGAAAAUCUUAUUGAAGAAGCACGACAAAUAAUUGUAUCAUUAGAUCGAUCAAAUCAAGAUAGUAUUAUUCGUACAAUCGAACAAUAUGAAAUACGAUGGAAGGAUCUUCGUGAACGUUUAAAUAAAAAACUUGAAGAAACAGAAAAAAUUCGUAAUCAAACUCAAAAUCUUAUUCAAGAUUGUAAUAUUCAUGUAAAACAAUGUUUAAAUUUCAUUUCAACAUUAAUUGAUAUUCAAAAUGAUUCAACACAAACAUCGAACGAUAAACUUGAACAAUUAAAAACUGAACAUAUGAAAAUUCUAAAUUCUUUAACUUUAACUAUUGAAAAUAAUCUUUUAUUAGCAAAAGAUUUAAGUCUUAUUCUUACUAAUGAACCACAAAUACGACAUCAAAUUGAACAAUUGAUUCAAAUACGUAAUAAAAUCAAAGAACAAUUUAAUUUAACAAUUCAACAAUUUGAAGAAUUAGUUCAACGAUUUAAUAUUUCAUUAAAUGAACAUAAUAAUCUUGAAAAACGUCUUACAACUACAUUAUGUGAUAUUGAAAGAUGUUUAAAUCUUACAGGAGAUAAUUUUACAUCUCAAACACGUCAAUAUUUAAAUGAAUAUCAAACUAUUCAACGAUCAAUUAUAAUUGAUUUACAAAAAUUAUCUGAUCAUAAUCUUUUAUUAUCUUCAGAUGUCAAAGCUAUAGAAUAUCUUCAAGAACGUUAUAAUCAUUUAAAAGAAAUUCAUUUAAAUUUAGAACAGAAAGUUAAUCAUUUACGAGAACGUAUCAAUGUUUCAUUAUCAAUAAAUGUUAAAAUCGAUGAUAAUAUUCGACAAAUAAAACGUAAACUAAUUUUAUAUGAAAAUGAUCUUCAUCGUUUAAAAUCUGAAGUACCAAAUACAGUUUCUGAUAAACGUAUUCGUGCUGAAUUAGCAGUGAGAGUUUUUAAUGAUCUUGAACUCGUUGAAAAUCUUCUUACCGAAUUAAUUCGUGAUGCUACAAAUGAAUGUGAAACAUCAACAGAAAAUAUUCGAAUAUUAAAUGAAAUAAAACUUCAACAUGAACAAAUGUUUCAUGAAUUUAAAGAACAAGUUGAUUAUACAAAUUUAAUUUUUAAUGAACAUUUUAAUUAUGGUGAAAGUGCACGAACACUUCGAUCAUUCAUUGCAGAUGUUACAACAGAAUUGUGUAAUCUUGAUAAACAAUCUAUUUCGACAAUUGAAAAAACAAGAGAAUUAAUUGAGUCUAAAGUUUUACAAGUACAACGAUUAAAAGAUCGUUAUGAUGAAUUACAACCAGUUCUUGUUCGCAUUCAAAAAGCUACAGCUUCCGAUGGUCAACAAAAAUUACUUGAUGAAAAUCAAUUUCUUUUUGAUGCAUUACAAUCUUUAGAAAAUCAAUUAUCAACUAUUCAUUCAUUAUGUAUUGAAAAACAACAAGCAUGGAUUGAAUUUAAACUUCGUUUUGAUACAACAUGUUCAUCAUUUAAUCAUACACUUGAAUUAUAUCAACAUAAUGAUCAUGAACUUGAACAAUUAAAAGAUAUUCAAAAUGAAUUAAUUCUUCUACAAGAUCAUAUUGAUUAUCUUUUACAAAUAAAAUCAACACGUUUUUCCAUUCUUACACCAAAUGAUAAUCUAUUCUUUUUUGAUACAAAUAUUGAAUAUGAUUUAUCACAAUUACAAAUAAAUUAUCGUCUUAAAUUAAAUGAAAUUAAUCAAGAAAUUGAACAAUUAACUGAAAAUAAAUUAAAAUCUGAACGAUUAAAAUUAAUUAUAAAAUCAAUUGAAGAUAAUUUAAAAUUACAUGAAGAAAAUCUUGAUAAAAUUUCUUAUCAAAGAAAAUUAGAUAAUGAAACAACAUUUGAUAAUUUAUCAAAAUCAUUUCAACAAAUUGAACAAAUACAAAUUGAAUUAAAAGAUUUAUCAAAAAAUUUAAAUCAAAUUUCAAAUGAAGAUUUAAUUGAACAAUUAAAAAUAAAACUUGAAAGAUUAANAAAGAGUCCUUUGGCUGCUGAGAACGUUUUAUUUUUAAAUGACAUUGAAACAUCUGAAUAUCUUGAUAUAAUACAGAAUAAAAAGGAACAGUGUAAUAAUCUUCUUGAACAAUUAACAAAUUGGCUUGAAUUAAAACAAAAUACAUAUGCAAAUUUACUUGAUGUAUCAUAUGAAAAUGAUUCGACAUCACUUGAAUCUAAAAUAAAUCAAAUUCAAGAUGAACAUAAUACAAUGGGUGAAGGUUAUACAAUUUUAAAAUCUAUUGAAAAUUUACAAAAUGAAUUAAAAACAAUAAAUACUGAUGAUGAUAAUAGAAUUCUAAAUGAACUUGUGGAACAAUAUUGUGAACAAUUAAAAACAUGUGAUUCAUCUUUUGUUGAAAUAAUAUCUAUGAUAAGACAAAUUCAAAUGAAUAUAAAUACAUUUGAUGAUAGUUGUCAAGAAAUUGAACAUACAAUAAAACAACAACGUGUUUUAUUUGAACAAUUUAUUGAUAAUAAUCAUAAUAUUUUACCUGAUAAUUUAAAUCAACAAAUACAAAUAUUAAAAAAUUUACAACAUGAAAUUGAAACAAAAACAAAUUCAGCAAUUGAAACAUUAUUACAAACAACAAAAGAAACACCAAUUAAUGGAACGAAAAUUCAACAUUUAAUAAAUGAUAAUGAACAAUUAAAAUUAGAUAUUCUUCAAGAGAUUAAUCAACGAGAAUCACUUCUCGCUCAAUAUACUGAAUUUCUUACUGAAAUGACACAAACACAAACAAAUGCCAUACAUCUUGUUCAAAAACCUGAUUCUUCGAUGUCCGAUGAAGAUUAUAUAAAAAUAAAACAUUCAUCAGAAUCAAUAUUGAAAUCUUUUAAUACAACAUCAAUAAUUGGUCAUCGUUUACUUGAUGAUUAUUCUCAAUAUACACAAUUAUGUCGUUCAAUUAAAUCAGCACUUGAAUUAAAUGAACAAAAUCGUCAAACAUUUGAAUUUUCUAUGAAAAAUACAGAAACAAUCUAUUUAACUGCAGUAGAAAUACGACAAGAACAAGAUGAAAUAAUUAAAAAUCUUCAACAACAAAUAAUACAUUUAGAACAAGUUAUUAAUCAAACAAAUGAAUUAGAUGAUCUACAGACAUUCGAUCAAACAUAUGAAGAAAUAAAUACAUAUAUUGAAACAAUUCAUACAAAACUUAAAUCAAUUAUAUCGAAUACACAUAAUCAACAUUUACCUACAUUAACUGAUAUUCAACAACAUUUACAAACUAUUUCUAAUCGAAGUCAACAUCAACGAGAUAAAAUUCGUCCAAUACUUGUUGAAAAACAAACUCAAAAUGAAUUACUUGAAUCUUCAAUAAAUUGGUUAUCAGAUACUAUGAAACAUUUAUCUAUAUUAUCAACUGAACCAAUAUCUGUUCAAUAUGAUCAAACAUUAAAUCGAUUAAAUGAUUUAUUAAAUGAAAUUCAAUUAAAAUUAUUACAAAUUCAACGAAUAAAUUCAAUAAUAAAUAAUAAUCCAUUAUUUGAACAAAAUCGUUUAAAACUAAUCCUUGAUUUAGAAAAUGCAAAAGAAACAAUCAAUAAAUUAAUAAAUAAUCGUGAACAAAUACAGCUAACUGUUCAACAACUUGAUCAAACCGUAUUAUUAAUUAAUCAAAAUAUUAAAAUUCUUCGAACAAAUCUUGAACAUUAUCGAUUAUCAAAUAAUAAUAUAGAAGAACUUAAAAGAUUAACAAAUAGUAUAAACAAUGAAGAAAUACAAUUAAAAACAUGUUAUGAUACAUUAAAUGGACUUCAUAUAAAUUUAAAUGAAAUCGAUCGAAAUGAAUAUAUGAAUCAUAUACGUUCUGUUGAAAAUCAAAUAGUUGAUAUAAAACAACGUAUAAUUCAUUUCGAAAAAUUAUCAAUUGAACAUCAAACUGAAUAUAAAAAUUUUGAAAAAAAUCUUCAAUUAUUUCAAUUAAAUAUAAAUACAUUUAAACAAACAUUACAAAUGCGUUUAAUGCAAAUAACAAUUGAUAAUAUAAAAAUAAUUGAUAAUCUUAAUCGAGAGAUUCAAAGUGAAGAAACACAUUUAAAUGCACUACGUGGUAAAUACAAGACAUUAGCACCUGAUUUAAAUAGUGAAGAACGUCAACAAGCAGAAACUAUGAUAUAUAAAAUUCAAACUGAACUUGAACAAUUACAAGAACAAAUUGAAAAACGAAAAGAACAUUUGAAUACAUUAACACUUCAACGUCAAGAAUUAGAUCAAGCAUCUCAACGUCUGGUUGUUUGGUAUGAAGAUAAACAACGUUUAGUUUCGCCUGAUCAAAUGAUUCCAUUAAAAAUAAAUGAAAUUGAACGAAUACAAAAGAAAUUUAAUGAUACAUUAAAUGAAUUAAAAUUUCAACGAAUAACAUUCGAUAAUAUCAUUAAAUUAGGUGAAGAAGUUAAACAAGGCUAUUCACGUGAAGGUCAAAAUGAUAUUAAUCUUCAUCUGGAUGAAUUACUUCGUAAACUGAAUUCUUUGGAAGAAUCAAUACAUGAUCGUAAUCGACAAUUAAAUGGUGCUAAUGAACAAAGACGAGAAUUCGAUAGAAUUAUGAGUAAACUUAGUGAAUGGAUUAAAAAUACUGAACAACAAAUCAAAGAUCCAUUAACCAAUGAUCUUCAACAAACUGCUAAUGGUCUCAAAGAAAAAUAUAGAAGUGUACAAACGUUGCUUGAAUCAACAAAAGAUCGUACGAAUGAAUUUGAUGAUUUAACACGUAUUUAUACGAUUAUCUCAUCAACAUUGAAUGAUACUGAUCGAAUUACAUUAGAUGAAAAAUUUACUUUACUUCAAGAAAAAUAUAAUCGUUUAUCGGAUAAUCUUACUCAGCGUCUUGCAUUACUUGAUGAAGCAAAUCAUGAACGAGAUGAAUUUGAUAAACAAAAUGAACAUGUUCAAAAUCUUUAUCAAGAAAUGCAAAAUGAUUUUACAAAAUUAAAACAACAAUCAUCAUUUAAUGAUGAUAAUCGUGAUGACAAUUUAUUAUCGAUUGAAAAACGUUUAGAACAAUUUAAACAAUUAUUAAAACGUCUUGAUGAAACAAAUAAUUAUUUAAAAGAAUUAACACGUUUACAACGUUUAUUAACUAGUAAAGGACAUCGAAUUGAUUUUCGUAUGGGUGGUGAAUUAAAUGCUAAUUUAAAAAAUCUUGAAGGACAAAUUCAAAAUGAAAUUGAAAGAAUUGAAAGAGCUUUACAAACAGAAAAUGAUUUUCAUCAUUUAGAAAAAGAGCUUGAAUCAUAUUUGAAAACUUCAUCUGACCAUUUAAAAUCAGCUCAACAUCAACAAGAUAAAGGAAUUGCUUAUCAGACUGUUUUUGAUCGUUUACAACAAAGUGAACAUGAACUAAAUAAAUUAAUUCAACUUGCGGAACGUCUAAAGCAUGAACUUCCACGUUCACAAUAUGAACAAUUACAAAAUAAAAUAGGACAACGUCAAGAAUAUCUUCAAACACUUUUAAAAACAUGUCAACAAGCACGUGGUGAACAUGAACAUAUGGUUAAAACACAAAAUAAACUUAAUGAAGAAUUAAUUGCUAUUAAUGAUUGGUUUAAAAGACUUAUACAAGAAUUAACACAACCAAUUGAUCUUAAUUUAUCAUUAAAUAAUGUUAAUGAUAUUCAAGAUUCAAUGGCACAACUUGAUGCAUCCAUUGAUCAACGUUUAUUAAGACUUGAUCAAGCACUUCGUGAUGAACCAAAUUUAAUUAGUUCGAAUGAUAAAGAAAUUCGUGAAAGAUUAAAUACUGUUGAAGAACUUAAACAUCAAGUUAAAAGCCAUCUAAAUAAACGACGUACUAUUCUUGAUGAUAUUCAUCAACGUAUGACUCAAUAUCUUAAAUUAACUACAGAUAUUAAAACAGCUAUUUGUGAUGCUGAUUUUAAAUUAGCACCAUUUUUUGAUGGAUAUGCUCGUAAUCGACUUGAUGAACAUGAACGUGAACUAAACUCCCUUGAGCAAAUAUGUAAUGAACAAAAAAAUCGUUUAGCUGAAGCACAUAAAUUAGUUGAUAUAUUUCGACCACAUUUACGAAAUAAUGCAAAGGAAUUAUGUGAUAGUCAAUUGAGAAAUUUUCAUCAAACUAUUGAAGAUCUUGAAACUCGUAUUCAUCAACGUCGUAAAGAAUUAGAUGAAAUUCGUCAAAAAUCGAAUAGAUUUAAUUCAAGUCUUGCUCGUUUACAAUCUGAUACAGAACGACUUUUACAUAUGAUUGACAAAGCACCAGAUAGUGCGGAAACACUUAUUUUAGAAAUUGAUUCAACAUUUUCAGCUUUACAAUAUCUUGGACGUGAUUUAAAAAAAUCGUUAGAUGUAUCAAGUUCAUCAGAUAUUGAUCGAGAAUUAAAAGAUAUGGCUAGUUCAGUGGAAACUGUUCGAGAUAAUCUUGAUCGAGCAAAAAAAUCUUAUGAAGAAAAUGAUAGUCUUCGUGAUCGUAUUGAAAGAAUAUUAAAUAAAGUCAAAAUUUUUACAAAUCGUAAACGACAAGAAUUACAUCAAAGUAUCGAUAGUGGUUAUGGUAGUAUUGAUUUAACUAGACGAUCAAUAGACAUGAAGAGUUUUAUCAAAGAUGUUGAUUUGGAAGCAUCACAAUUAUCUGAAGUAAAUGAUUUAAUAGUGGCAUUAGCUGAAAGAAAAUGUGAUCAACAAAUAAUUCGUUUGUUAGAAAAGAAACAAGAAGAUAUUUUACAAGAUCUUCUAAAUUUAAAAAAUGAAACAACAAAAACAAUUGAAAAUCUCGAUCUUCAAGUUCAAGAACAAGAAAAAUUACGUCAAAAUGCUCGUACAAUGUUAUCAAUAAUUCAACGUACGAAAGUCCAACUGAUUGAGUUACGUCCAACAAUGAAUGAUGAAGCUGAUCAAAGACUUAAAAAAAUCAACGAUGAUUUAACAAUAAAUUUUGAAUUAUUUCAACAAUUAUUGGAUGAUUAUAAACGUGUAUAUGGAAAUAUAUCUGAUGAUUUAGAUAAAAUAAUUACACGUGUUGUUGAAGAUAUGACUGAAGUAAAAGCACGUUUUAAUGAAAAAGAAUCAGAAUUAAAUGCUUAUGAUAUAAUACGUGAUGAAUAUGAAAAUAUUAUUGAAAAUACAUUAAAAAUAAUUCAAUUAAUUGAAAUCAAAACACAACAAUCACAUGGUAUUGAUCUUAGACAAAAUUUAGAUUUAUUAAAAGAUUUAACAAAUGAAAUGCAAGCACAUCGUUCAUUAAUCGAUCGUUUACAAUUACUUUCAUCAACAUUAUCAUCACAACUAAUUGAUACAAAUGAACGUGAACGUGUUAGACGUCGUCUUAAUGAAAUAAUACGUCGAUGGACUCAACUUGAACAAGAUAUAAUGAGUGAAGAAGAAAAUAUGGAAGAAAUGAAAAGUCUUACAGAAUUAUAUUAUAAUAUAAAUAUAACUUGUGAACGAUGGUUAAAACAAGCACGAGAUUUAAUUAAUGAAUUAACUAAUACAAGAGAUGUCGAAAUAUUUGAUCAACUUAUACCAAAAGCAAAAAGUAUUUUAUUUGAAUAUCAAACUUCUUUAGAACAUGUACAAAAAUUAAGAAAUAGACUUAAUCGAUUAGUUCAAACAAAUCGAACACCAGAAGCUACACAAAAGCUUAAUGAAGUUGAUCAACUGUUAAGUGACAUGAUAAGUCAUCGUGAAAAUCUUGAACAACGUUUAGAAUUAAGUCAAAAAAUACAUCUUCAAUUAAAUGAAUUUAAUAAACAAUAUUUAUUCUAUGAACAAUGGCUUGAAAAUAUUCAACGAACAAAUGAUUCAAUCUCGGACCAAACAUUAACAACCGAAGAAAAAUUACAACGUUAUCAUGAUAUACAAGUUGAAUUAGAUAAACGAAAACAAAUUAUUAAUACAUUAACACAUGAUUAUCCACAAAUUGUUCACCUUAUAUCAAUACCAAUUCAACAAUUACUUGGAAAUAUUGAACGAAUAAAAACAAAUGUAACUCGAAAACAAGAGGAAUAUGACAAUCAAAAUCAACAACAAAAAGAUUAUCGUGGUCGUGUUGAAUUAUUAUUUGAAUGGCUUAAACAAACACAUAAAUAUGAACCAUUAAGUGAUAAACGUGAUUUAGAUUCUCUUCAACGAGAAUAUGCACGUUUAAUUGAAAAACGUCAACUUAUUGAUGAAAAAUCACAUGAUAUUGAUUUAUUGCUACGAAAUAUCAAUAGUUCAAAUUUACCAAAUGAUACUUUACAACGAUUACGUCAGGAAAUUGAACAUUUAAAAGAACGUUUUGCUGAAACAGUAAUAGAACUUGAAACAAGAACAACAUUUAUUAAGAAAACAAUCAAAGAUGUAGAUGAACAACAACGUAAACAUCGCACUUAUCAAGAAUCUCUAAAUAAACUUUCUUCACUUGUACAGCAUGAUUAUCAAACACCUGGCCGAUCAAUUGAAGAUGCAUUAAGAUCACUUGAUGAACAAAUGAUUAAAUUUGAAACUCAAAAUGAAGAAAGAGAACGACGUAAACGUCAACGUGAACGUGAAUGGCAUUUAUUUAUGGAUGAAAUAAAUUUAUUACAAGAUAAAUUAAAUACAUUUAAACAACGAAAAGUUAAUACACAGGAUUCAAUUGAAGAACAACUUCAUUUUAUACGAAUGCAAGAUCAAGAAUUAGAUCAAUAUCAAGAUGAAUUAUCUCAUUUAAAACAACAUGGACAAACUAUGUGUCUUGAUGAUGGUAGUUCUAUGCCAUUACCAUCUGAAAUUCAUCUUCUUCAAUCAAUGAUUACCUUUUUAAAAGAACAAUUUGAACAACGUCGUCAAUAUUUACUUCAAGCUGAACGUAAACGAGAUAUUUAUCUUAAUGAAUGUAAAUUAUACGAAGAUAUAUUCAGUUUAACAAUGGAACGUCUUAGUCGUUCAAUUCAAGUUGCAUCUACAAGUGAUCAAUAUGCACGUCAAUUAUCUGAACAUAAAAUUCAUAAUGAACAAAUCGAUGAAAAACGUCGUCAGUUAAAUAUUUUAUAUGAUCAAUUAGAUCAUGAUACACGUACACGUUAUUUAAAACAACAUCAUGAUUUAGAAAAACGUUCAAAUGAAUUACAAGAUAAAAUUAUUGAACAAACUAUACACUAUGAAUAUUUAUUACGUAUAUGGAGAGAAUAUGAAACAAGACUUGAUGAAAUUCGACAUCAAUUAGAUGGAAUACAAAGUCAGUUAUCAAUAACAAAACGAUUAUUGCAUUUUGAACAAAUUCAAGCAGCUUUUGUUCUUUAUAAGGAUUUAAGACAACGUUUAGUUGUUAUUGAACCAGAAUUAUUACAUUUAAAUGAUGAAAUACAAAAUCUUUCUAAAGAAUUAAAUGUUGUUUCAUUACAAAAUGAUAUUAUUAAUGUAAAAGAUAAUUUUAUUAGAAUAUCGAAUGAUGUUAAAGAAAAAUUUGAUAGUCAUAAAAGUGCAACUAUUAUUGUUAAUGAUAUAAAACGUAAUUUAGCUAAUCUUGAAGAUACAUUAAGUCAAUGUUCAAUUGAAUCUCGAACAAGAUAUGAUGGAGAUAUAAAUGAAAUGAAAAUUCAAUUAGAACGAAUGAUGGAGGUGGAAAAACGUCUUGAAAGUAUUGGAGAUAUUUAUUUGAACACAGAAGCAUUAAUUAAACGUUUAACAACUUAUAAUUUAUAUGAUUUACAAUCAACUGAAGCAGAAUUAGAAAGUUUUCAUCGUAAAUGGACAUCACUUAAAACAGAAAUUUUUCGAAGUGAAAGUAUUCUUCAUCAAAAUAUUAUUAAUAAUUUACCAUCAAGACAAGCUUGUAAAGAAAUGCUUUUAUUUAUUGAUACAAUUAAACGUUUAUUGGAUGAUGAUCAUGGUGCACCUGUUAAUAACAGAGAAACUUUACAAAAAUUACUUAAGCGAUAUCGAGAUAUGCGUGUAGAAGUACUCAAUCAUCAAAGAAUAGUUGAUUUUCUCAAUGAAUCAUUGCAACAGGAAGCAAAUAUAGAUCUAACAAGUAUUGAUUAUAUGGAAAAAAUCAAACAAAUUAAUAUUGAUUGGAUAAGAAUAAAAUCUUUAAUAUCAGCUCGUAUUGAUACUUUAGAACAAUUAAAUGAUCAAUUCAAUGAAUUUGAUCAAACAGUUCGUACAUUAUCUGAUUGGGUUCAAGAACAAACAUCUGAUCUUGACUUUAUGCGUUCAAGAAAUAUGGAAGCUGGUGCUAAAGAUAAUUUACGAAAAUGCGAUGAAAUUGCAUAUCAAUUAACAUCUAAACAACAAGUUCUAACAUCAUUAAAAUCAUAUAGUAAUCGAAUAUCAUCUACAUCAACAACAUUUCAUAUAUCUGAUCAAGAUGGUACAAUACAAAAUUUACGUCAUAUGCUUGAUCAUUUAUCACCAUCAAUUGAACAAUUAAAAUUAAAAUCGAAAUCAAUUUUAUCCGAUUGGCAAGAAUAUAAUCGUGUUUUACUUCAAAUGGAAAAAAUAAUACGUGAAGGUGAAGCUGAUAUUGAUCGUAUUCAAACAAGUGCAAUGAAUGUUGAAACAUAUGAAAUGAGUACAAGAAAAGCUCAGGAACACUUACAAGUCAUGGAAUUACGUCGACGUGAUCUCGAUCAAAUUGCUUCUCAAGGUCGUCAAUUAUCCAGUCAAUGUGAUGGACAAACAUCAAUAAAAAUAAAUGAAAUAACACAUCGUAUUCAACAACAAUGGGCAACAGUUGAACAGCGUUUACAAGAAAUCAUUAGACCAUCGAGAGAAAUCGUCGAUAAUUGGAGACAAUUUAAUAGUUCAUAUGUUAAUUUACUCGAUCGACUUGGUGAACUUGAAGCUCGAUGGUACACAAUUCAACGAGAAAAAUUCACAUCAGAUAUAGAAUCACUUUUAGACAAAACUAAAGAUUUUCAACAACGUCUUCAACAACUUGAUAAUGAAAUAACAAGAUUAUAUGAACGAGCUCAAAAAUUAAGCAAUCAUUUACCUCCUAUAGUUGCCAAAAAGAUUGAUACACAAUAUUCUGUUAUUAAAAAUCAAUAUGCAGAAUUAUGUACACUUCAUGAUAAACUUCAAACUGAUAGUAAUGAAUUAAAACAACGUGAAAAAAUCUAUUUAGAUCAUUUAAAUGAAUUAACACAAGCAAUUAAUCAAGUUCAAAUAGCUUUUAAAUCUCAACAAUUAACUGAUGAAAAUGAAAUUAAUAAUUUAAAACAACUUAAUGAACUUCAUACAUUACUAUUAUCAAAACAUGAUUUAAUUGAACGUUUAAAUUCAAAUGAAUUUAUUUUAUAUUUUAAACGAGCUAAACAUUUACAUGAAGUUAUGAUUGAAUAUUCACAUUCAAUUGAAUUAAUUAAAAAUCGUAUAAAACAACUUGAAAUAAAUCAAUAUAAUAAAUUUAAUUUUGAUAAACGUUGUCAAAAAUGGAAUGAUUAUAUUCAAGCUAUUGAACAAAAUUUAGCAGUUAUACAACUAAAUUUACGUACUAAUUAUCAUGGUUUAUUAGAAAUUGAUACAAACUUAUCAAAUACAAUCAAUGAUUUUAAUCAACGACAACAAGAAUUAAUACAAUUAAUUAAUGAAGGUAAACAAUUAAUUGAACAAAAUUUAAUUAUUGAUCAUCAUACAUUUACUAAACUUGAACAACGUUGGCAAACAAUUAUGAAAGCUAUUUUAAAUAAACAACAAGAAGUUAAAGAUAUAAUUAAAUUAUGGUUAUCAUAUCAAAAUUAUUUAGAAAGUUAUUAUCGUUUACUUAAAAGUAAAUAUGAAUUAGAACAAGAACAAUUACAAUCACCAACUAUUGCUUUAAUUAAUCAAAUUAAACAAGGAAAUUAUUUAAGUGCAACACAAAAUGAAGAAUUAAAAAAUUUACUAGAAAAAAUUUAUGAAACAAAUCGACGACUUAUAGCACAUUCAGAUGUUAAAACACAAACAAUAUUAGAGAAAGAAUGGAAUGAUUUACAACGAUCAGCUAAUGAAAUUGAUAUUAAUAUUAAACAACGAUCUGAAACACUUAUCACGUUACUCGUUCGUUAUAAUGAACUUGAUCGAGCAUUGGAUAAUUUGAGUAUUUCAAUAAAAUCAAUUCGUACACUUCAACAACAAUCGACCGAAGAACUUGAUCAAUUUAUUUUACAAUGUCAAAGUAAAGAUCGUGAACUUACACAACAUCGACAUGAAUUACAGCGUUUACGGCAAACCAUAACAGAAAUAUCUCCUGAAUUACAUUCUGAUGAUAUAAAUCAAUUAAUGCAAAAAUUGAAUUUACUUGAAAUUCAAUGGACUGAUACUGAACGUAUUGUAAGAACAUUAAUUGAUAAUUUAACUAAAAAACGUUCAGAAUAUCAUGAUUUUGAACAUAAAUGUAAACGUCUUAUUGAAUGGUUUGAACAUUUUAUUGAUACUGAAUUGAAUCAUCGCAUUGAUGGUUUAACACUUGAAGCAAGUCUUGAUAUAUUAAAAACUGAAAUACGAAAUUUACUUGGUGAUAAACGACGAUAUGUUAAUGAUUUAAUUAUAGCAGCACGUGUUUUACAAACACAUAUAACUGAUCAAUUACAAUUACAAACAUUAAAACAACAAACUGAUCGAUUAGAACAAACGCUUAAUACAACAGAAGAACAUGUUGAAAAAAGAAUUAAAAAGACUGAAAUGGUUCUUAAAAUGUAUCAUGAUUUUGAACAAGGUUUAGAAAAUCUUCGUUCAUGGAUGGAUACUGUUGAAACAAAUCUACAAAGAUCAUUGUCAAUAAAUACAUUAAAUGCAAAUGAAUUACGUAGUCAUCAACAAUCCAUUGUUGCAAUCGAAGCGGAUAUUGAAAAACAUAGUACUAUUGUUAGUAGUGUUCUAGCACUUGGACAUAAUUUAUUAAGUGAAAAUGAUAUUCGUUCACGAAAUAUUGGCUCAAUACCACGAACAAUUCAAUCAGUUGAACAACGUUGGAUAUCAUUGAAAGAUUUAAUACGAAAAAGAAAACUUGAAUUGGAUACAGUUCAUGUAUCAUGGAGAAGUGUUGAUGAUGCAAUAAAACGUGCAUCAAAAAUGAUUACUGAUCAUGAACGAUUUCUUAGUGAAGUUAAAAGAACAUGUGGACAAGGUUUACAAGGAGUCAGAAGUGAAUACAAAAGUCUUGAGAAUUUUAAACGAACAUUAGAUGAUGAUGAAAAAGAUAUUCAACAAAUUACCGAUAAUUAUUCAGAAAUUAUUCGAAAUCAUCCAACAGCAGAUUCUACUGGUGAAAUUCGUUCAAAAAUUAAAGAAGUUAAUACUCGUUGGGAAAUAUUAAUUGGAACAGUACAUGAAACAUUGAAAAAUCUUAAAUAUAUGUUAAGUGUACAUGGUGAUUUUCAAUUAACACAAGAUUCAUUAGCACUUUGGUUAACUGAUUUGGAUGUACUUUUAACUAAUCUUGAACAUUUAUCAGAAGCACCAUCAAAUGAAAAGAUUCGACAAUUAGAUGAUAUGGAUCGAGAAAUUCAAGAAAAACAAACGAAAAUUGAAUAUGUUCGAACAUGUGCUAAUUAUUUACUUGGUAAAACAGUUGAUGCAAGAGGUUUAACAAUUAAUAUGAAUGAAUUAACGAAAUUUUGUCAACAAUUACGAGAUCUAACAAAACGUAUUAAAAAACUAAAACAAAAAUUAAUGAACUCAAGCGACCGUCAUUUGGAUUUAAUCACUUCUGCUCGUUCUUCACCACUUCAUGAAACAUUUUUCUCUACGCCAUCAACACAUAAACGUUUAUCUUCACCAGUUUCAUCAAGAUCUCGUUCACCUCAACGUUACCUUCGUUCACGAGAUCGAUUUUUUCGUUCAUAUGAUGAAAUAGAAUGGGGUGAUCAAUAUCAACGUGCUCAAGAACUUUUAUCUGAUUUUGAAGAUAUUCUCGUUCAAAUUAAUGGUGAUUUUCUUGCCAAAGAAGAAACUUUUCGUUCUGAAACACCAAUUGGUGUUCAUGUUGAAGAUUUACCUGUUGAAUUUACUUAUACUCGAAUAUUAACAACAACACGUCGAAAAAUUGAAGCAUUACGUGAAAUAAUUAAACAAAUUGACCAAGAACUAGGUCCUUUAUUAGUCGAUGAUCUUAAUAAUGAUCCAGUUGUUGUUGAUAUUAUGGAAAAAUGGAAUCGUUUACAAACAUUAGCUCACGAUAAAGAUGAACAAUUAAAAGAAAAUCGUAUGCAAUGGAAACAUUUUAAACGACAAUUAGAAGACCUUGAACAAGCAGUUGAACAAUUUACAAAACUAGAUAAUUUAUUACCUCGAACUGUGUAUUCAAAAGCAGAUGUACAUCGUGAUCAAGUUCAACGAUUAGGUUUCAUAUAA